UGUUUCAAUUAUGCGGAUAAUAGUAUAAAAAUCUCAAAAUUCUGUGAAAUGAAAUCAGAAUAGAAACUGCAUUUCAAUAAUCAGUUUAGUUUUCUAACAACUUUUAUCAAAACGUUUAAACCAACUCAAAAUAAUCAAAAUGAAGUUCUUGGCUACCAUCUUGUUCACUUCGGCCUUUAUUCUGGGCACUCAGUCCUCAGUUAUUCCUUGGGUGACUGAAGUUGUUGGCGACGGUCUUACAUACUCCGCUGUUUCGUCACCUGUUGUCCAUUCGCCUUGGGCUCCGUGGGGUCAUGCUGUUGUAGAUGUUGCACCUCAUUCUACUCUUGUACACCACUCUGUUGUGCAUAGCUCAGCACCCAGUGUUGCAGUACAUGCCCCUGUGAUUGUUCCCGAGGUUCAAGGUUCUUAUGUGGCUCAAACUCGUGGUGCAGUGCAUACUGCUCCCUUGCCUGGCCAUACAAACUCUGUGGCCAGUAUCAACGUUGCUCCAGCUCCGGGUACCAUAUAAAUGGUUCCUUACAAUGGUUCAUCUACCAAGACUUUAAUGCGAAACCAAUUGAAACCUUUAAAAAGUGUGUAUAAACAUCAACAUUCCUGUGAUUUUAUUUACUUCGUCUACAUCA